CCUCUAAUAAAAAAAAAGUAUACCCCCUAAUGAAAAAGUAUACCCCCUAAUGCAAAAAAGUAUACCCCCUUGAAUUAUGGCACUAAUAUAGCGCCAUACUAUACUAAAAAAUAUAUAUCUUGUGCACUAACAAGAUAUCUUUUACUUAAAGUUGUAAAAUUAAUUGAGAGCGUGUUUACAAACAGAGUACGUGAUGUACGUAUUAUAGAGCUGGUGGAGAUAAAACUCUCUAUCUGCAUGACUUUGCCUGCAUUGCCUGCUAAAGUUUGAAUGAAAGCCGAGGAUAUGAUAAGUUUACUGGCAUCAGGAGUAUCAGAGCUCUUGACGGUAUGGAUGACUACUUUAAUCAGUACACAGCCGCAUCUCCUCUUGAUAGCAUCAAUACACCACUGCUAAAUCUAGUAAGAGCUAGGGUGUACAAUUCAAUUGACGUCAUUCUGGGUUAGAGAUUGAAAGCACCCAUGCAGCCACACCUCUGUUAUUGCACUUCCACAUGCUCAUAAAAUUAACAACUAGACAGAGAUCUAGACCACCUCUACUAGUGGACUAAAGUUAAAUACAAAGAUGAGGUACAAUUUUACUCUCUGUUUCUUUGUGAUUUAUAUGCUAAGUGACCACAGAGCUCUGUGUGACUAUGUGGUUGAAGUAAAUCUCAGGUCCUACAACAACCCAGAGAGUAGAGCAGCUGGUAACAAUGGAGAAUGUUGUGAUCCAGCAGCUGAAAACAGUGAUCUUUCGAAUGAUGGAAUAUGUACUGAAGAUGAGCUCUGUGAUAACUUCUUCACAUUCUGUUUGCGUCCAAUCAGUACUCAACCUACAGAAACAAGUGGAUGCAUGGCAGCACAAAUUACUACAGACAUUGUCUUAAAUGAUGAUUCUCUUGAAUUCACCUCAACUGGACCUAAUAUGAUAACACUGACUGAUGACCAACUUUGGAAUGGUAUCCAGCUGUAUGUAGGAGUGGUAGAUAGGGAUUCUCAGGAAAAUGAUUCCGAUGAUCUUGUUGAUAUAAUUACAGUCCAACUACGCAGCGACGUUCUCAACAGUGCUGGCUUAACGCUGACUAACGUAUCGGGAGUUCACAAUUACGGAAAGAUGAGUCUAACUGUUAGAGUGCACUGUGCACAAUUUUACCAUGGAGAACAAUAUCAGUUCGUUGAUGUGUGUGAACGUGAUAGCAUCAUGUGCAGUGGAAGUGGCAUGUGUGUUAAGAUGAUGAACAGCUAUACCUGUGUCUGUGAUGGUGGAUUCAUAGGAGAAGAUUGUGAGUUGAUAGACUAUUGCUUUGAACAGUCUUGUAAUGGAAAUGGAAUAUGCACCAACGAAGAAUCAUCAUUCGUUUGCAAUUGCAAUACUGGCUAUACUGGGAUUGAUUGUGAGAUAAACAUAGAUGAUUGUGAAGAUGAGAAUUGCAGUGAUAAUGGCCGCUGUAUUGAUGAAGUCAACUCUUAUCAUUGCGAGUAUGCACCAGGUUUUUCUGGGACAAACUGUGAGACAAAUAUUGACAAAUGUGAUGGUCAGAACUGUAGUGGUGAAGGAUUGUGUAUGGAUGGAAUCAACUCGUAUGCUUGUGUAUGCAAUGCUGGGUAUACUGGUGUUAGUUGCAGCACAAACAUUGAUGAUUGUGAGUUUCAAAAUUGUACCGGAAAUGGUGAAUGUAUAUGGAUGGAAUCAACUCGUAUGCUUGUGUAUGUCUUGCUGGGUAUACUGGUGUUAAUUGCAGCACAAACGUUGACAAUUGUGAGUUUCAAAAUUGUACUGGAAAUGGUGAAUGUAUGGAUGGAAUCAAUUCGUACGCUUGUGUAUGUUUUGCUGGGUAUACUGGUGUUAAUUGUAGCAGAAACGUCGAUGAUUGUGAGCUUGAGAAUUGCAGUGGAAAUGGUGAAUGUAUGGAUGGGCUCAAUUCAUAUACCUGUGUCUGCAAUACCAGAUUUACAGGUAUGAACUGUGAAACUAACAUUGACGAUUGCGUGAAUCAAGAUUGCAAUGGACUCGGUACGUGUAUCGAUGGCGUAAACUCAUUCUCCUGUAACUGUGACCCUCCGUUCACUGGGUCGCUAUGUGAGAGGAUUGAUUAUUGC